GACGAGAAGAAUAUGUCAUCGCCAGACAAGUACAUCAUGGAAAUGUGAGAUAGAGCUAAAGUUUGCCAGGGUAACCUGUCUUCCAUGUCAGAAUGGCUGAAGAAUUUGGCCCAGAGAUGAUGAAGACCUUGAAGCAAAAGGUAUACGUGGCCGCCAGGGACGGAAUGGCGAUCAGCAUUUUCGCCAUGUUGUGGAAUUUGGAUCGAACGAUUGUGAAAGAAGUGCUGGAACAUGAAACGGAAGAAGACGGACAGAAAACAACCCCGCUGAUCAUCGCCGCGAGAAAUGGCGAAGAGAAAGUUGUUCAGGUUCUGCUGAGUAAUUUCAACGUAGAUAUUGAGCAGGCGGGAACUGUGAAGUUUGACGGGUAUGUCAUCGAAGGGGCCACGUCCCUGUGGUGCGCAGCAGGAGCGAGUCAUUUCGGCAUCAUCAAAUAUUUGAUUGACCAUAAAGCUGACGUCAAUCACCCCACUUUUACAAACUCAACCCCACUGAGGGCGGCUUGUUUUGAAGGCCGACUGGACAUCGUGGAAUAUCUGAUCGACAACAAGGCGGAUAUUACCAUAGCAAACAAAUACAACAACACAUGUCUGAUGAUUGCCUGUUACAAAGGCCAUAAAGAUGUAGUGCGAUAUCUCCUGCACAAGGGAGCUGAUCCAGACUGUAGGGCACUGUGCGGUGCAACUGCUUUACAUUUCGCUGCAGAAUGUGGUCAUUUAGAUAUCGUGCAAGAGCUGGUUGAAUCUGGAGCGUCACUUCUUCAGAAUGACCACAAUAUGACACCGCUACUGGUUGCUUCAGAAAGUGGCAAGGCGAAUGUUGUUGAGUAUUUCAUUUCACGGCCCGAAUGUUGCAGAGAGAGUAAGAUUGAAGCCUUAGAACUUUUGGGAGCUUCUUUUGCCAAUUUCAAGGAAAACUAUGACAUCAGUAAAGCGUUCCUGUAUUUACGAAGAGCCAUGUUGGAUCGGUUUAGUGAUGAAGACAAUGUUGUACACAAACCUGUUUAUGGGCCUGUGCCAGCGUAUGACAAUAGAAGAGAGUGCAAAACUGUGAUGGAACUUGAUGCUAUUGAAAGAGAUUUCAAUGCCCUUCACAUGGAAUCAUUGACGAUUCGGGAAAGGAUUCUGGGCCCAGAUAACCCAGAAGUUCCACACCCUGUGAUUUUCAGAGGCGCAGUGUUUGCAGAUACGGCAAGAUUUGACCGCUGCAUAGCCCUUUGGAUGCAUGCCAUGAGAUUGCGGCAGAAAAACAACCGAACUAUUUAUAAAGAUUUACUGCGAUUCGCUCAGGUGUUUUCGCAGAUGUUACACCUGGACGUAACGCUGAAUUUCCGACAUGUACAAGAUGUCCUGAAGCAUGCUGUGAUAGAACUGAAGAGGGAUCAGGAACGUCUCGAAAAGGAUGAGGACGAAAAGGAAACUCUGUCAGAAGUGUAUCAAUCCAAUAUCCACACAGCCCUGUAUCUGAUUGUAAUCGCACUGAAGACUAAUAAAAGUAGCGAAGAAGAUGACCAGUUGCAUAGGACGGUGUACAGUUUCUUGCACCUGAAGCCUAUGCUGAAAAACUCAUAUACACCUCUGCAUAUGGCAGCAGAUUCUGCGACACUGAUUGAUGACUUCCAUGUGGUUGACGUAGUCUCUUUUCCCAAUGCGCCUUUGGCAAAACUCUUGCUGCAGUGUGGCGCCGAUCCAAACGCAUUGGACUCGAGGAACAACACACCUCUGCAUGUCAUUGUUCGUUAUGACAACCCUAUCAGUGACUUUGACACGCUUCACCAGUUAAUUAUGAUGUUGAUCCGCUUCGGAGCGCACAUUGACAUAUGUAAUUGUGAUGGGAAGACUCCCAUGACGGCCACUGUGACAGGGGUAGCUGAAGUCAUCUUGAGAAGCCAAAUGAAAAUUCGUCUCAAAUGUUUAGCGGCGAAAGCUGUGAAGAAACACAAAAUUGACUUUGUUAGUUCUAUUCCAUGUACUUUAGUGGACUUUGUGAAUUUACACUGAAGUGAAGAAAUUGCAUAAUCGAAGAACUUCAUAUAAUUGAGGAAGUGAAGAAACUGUGACUCAGUGGUUCCGUGGAAACCUAACCCAUUACCCCAAUUAUAACAAGCUUCUUGCUAAUCAUGGAUGUUGCCAAAAUUGUACCUUUAUAUUAACAUUUCUCUUGGACAAUUGUUAAAGUUUGAUAAUAAUCUGUUGACAUGAUCCUCAUGUAACAAGUACAGGAGGGAGUUGUAAAGAAAUAGGUGGUGCCCAUAUUUGGCAUUCAUAGUCAUCUUAGAUGUUUGUUAUGAAAAGCAGAUACAUGUACUUUGAUCUUGACAUCUGACACUCUACCACAUUUACAAUUCUGGGAUCUCACAGCAGAUGUAUUCAUGCUGAAAAUUGUAUAGUCUACUAUAACCUGUAGACCAUGGGUUCUUGGGAGUCUGGGUUGGGGUCUUGGGAGUCUGGGUUGGGGUCUUGGGAGUCUGGGUUGGGGUCUUGGGAGCCAUGUGGAAUGACAAAAUACUUGUUAUAUGUGAUACAUAGAGGAUCCCCAUUUCAUGACCCUGUCAUAUCAGACUUAUUAAAUUUAAGUCAAAAUUUCGUUUAAUAAAUUUGAUAUUACAGGAUCAUGAAUGGGAGAUCCUCAGUAUAUUGUGUACUCCCCAGAGAAGAGGGUAAAACUGCUGCAAGUUGGUUCUAAGAUGUAAUGAUUAUACUGUAGCUAUGAAGAGGGACUAAAUCCUGGGAAAUGAUAUAUGGACAAUGCAAAGUAAGAGACUCCCAGAAGACAGUUAUGUGCAUGUUGUUCCUUUUGGUCGAACUUUUCUGACAGUCCAGUUAUUGUUGAAAAUUUUUGAAGACAUAUUUGACCACCCACUGAUGUGUGAAAAAGCAUUAAUGAUGUACACUACUGUUGAUUGUCAUAAAAUAUUGAACACAUAAAACUUUUUUUUUUUUCUAUUCAAGUUGAAACAACAAUCCAGUGUGAGU